AUGUUACGCCCGCAUCCUCACCGACACAACGCUAACCCGCACCGCAUCACAGAGCUCAAGACGCAUCCGCUCUCCUCCUAUACCGCUCUCCCUUCAGACCAAACCAGCCAGAACACCCGCCAGCGCAACACCAAACUCGCGAAAAUGAAGGGUAAUAUGGUUAUCUUUCUGGCACUCGUCGGCAGCAUAGUUGCCGCUAUCGCUGCCUGGUAUGGCCUCAAGGCCUACAUCAUGCGCGCUGGAGCCUACGAUCGCCGUCACCCCACACAGCGUGCCUUCGUACGCGCCCGCCGCGGCCGCCGCCGCUACUUUAUCUUUGGCGAACGCCUCCCACCCAAGCCGAGCCUCCGCAUGCGCGCCUUGCAGCAGCGUGACGAAGAGAGAGCACUCGAGGACAAUAUAUCCAUCAACGCGAGCGCCGGAUCCGACGGCGAGGACGAGCGCGGCAUAGCCAAGUCCUACAACAUCUCUGCCAUCGACGGCUCUGCCUCUCUUGCUACCACCACCGCUGGCGCUCCCGCUUCUGCCACUUCCACCGCCGCUCACUCCGCCAAACGCGGUGCCAGCAGCCGCGCCGAGCGCUACGCCCGCUCCGUCCGCUCCGGAAAAUCCAACGCCACCACGGGCGCCACGUCGUCUGCCACCGGCCUCUCAGGACAGCAGCAGUCCAACACCACCAGCGCCGCUGCAGCCUCCACCACGGCCAACACUGCCCGCACGACCACCAGCGCCGCCGCUGCCAACGAUGACGACGCCGACAGUAUCAUCCCCGCCACCACCGCCGUCAUCGACCACGCCCUGCCCAACGGCCGCAACGCCGUCCGCCGCCCCCCGGGCGCGCGCGUCGUCCACGGCCCGCGCGGCACCGGCCUGCGCUUCAAGAUCGCCAGGCCCAAGAUGCCGUUGUCGAACGGCGGCGGUGCUGGCAGCAACAACGCUGCUGCUGCCGCCACGGCCGUCAAGAGCGCUGACAUGGGCGCUGCUCCCGCUGGCGACGCCGAGGACGCCGCUCCGGCUGCCGCUGCGGAGACUGCUGCUGCUACUGCGGGUGAGGCUGCUGCUCCCGCUAAUGCUGCUGCGGCUGAGGGUGCUGCUGAUGCUCCUGCUGGGGUCACGGAGCUGGCUGCUGACGGCUCUGUCUGCGCUGCUGCUGCUCCGGCCAUCAACGGCGGCGCUGGCAAUGGCAAUGGCAACGGCAUCAACGCCAACGCCAACUCCAACGGCAUCAACAACGCCAACGGCAGUAACGAGGCCCACGUCCCCGCCUCCUUCACCUACCCCGCCAACGGCAACAUCACCAACACCGGCACUGGCGCUGGCACCGGCUACGGCGCCCCCGCGGACAUCACCGUUGCGCCCUUCCCCGGCGACGACGUCUUCAAGCUCGACAACGAAGCGCCCGCCAAUUCCUUUCUUGCGCACGCUGUGGGAACUGGCGCCGGCGCCGGCGAGAAGCAGCAGCAGGGCGGCCAAGGCCAAGGCAAGUAA